AGGAAGAAAUAUCCCUAAGUAAAAUCCGUUAUGGCCGCCUGCGAGCGAACAGCAGACUAUGGUAUGUUAAAGUUUGACACCUGUCUGUGGCUAUUCACUGAAAGAGUUGAUAUGUUUUAAGUAUGCACAGUGUGGGGUGGUGAACGAAAGCAGCAGGAACUACAUUCACUUUUCAAUUCAUCCUUCACUACAUACAACAUUAGCUUUUGAUUUAAACCUUUUGACAWGCAACUAAUCUGUGAAAAAAGGGUUUGAAUCUUUCGGAGCCCACAGCUCUAUUCUACAUCAAAAAGGAUUUUAAGUUCAGUUUAGUUGAAACGAAUUCACAUUUAACUCAAUUUUAAGACAAGCCCACAGAUCAAAUUCMUACCCGCACACAAACUCUCGGACUUGAUMAAGUACAAUAAUACAAGGGACCAACACCAGCAUGUAUGCAUGUUUUACGUGGAAUAAAGCUUUCCAUUAUUAUUCACACAGGGUCAGUAAACUUACUGAAUAGACUUUUAUGAAGUGUUUGUUCGCAUUUUUUAUUUUUUGCAGAACUGAUCUGAAAAGUGUAAGCCGCAAAGGUUUGAUUAACAAUUAAUUUGUCUAUUGACUAAUAGAUAAUUAGAGAAGAUUUAUAUUAGAAAAAAGCCUUGGCUUCCUCCCACCUUUCAUGUUCAUAAAUUUUAUUUUCGUCUGUCAGAUUCAUUUCUUAGGUCUCUGCUCUGUUUGCUCUUAUUUGUGCACUUUAGUAAGCCCUCCUUUAGAUUUGUUUUUAAAUGACUGUCCUUCAGGCAGGGACAGCAUAUUGGAGCCUUUGAGUUUUCCAGAGCUUGGAGCUGGAAGUCCCAGCACCCCCAUUGUGGUGCAGCAUCCCAGUGAUGAGCUGCUGGUCUGUCUGUUUUGCUCUGAGUCUGUCCCGCUGCUGCAGAAAGACACCCUGCUCAGACACCUGCUGCUGGAACACAAGCUGGUCAUCGCUGAUAUCAAGCUCAUAGCCAGCCUCCCAAGGUACUUGGUUUACUGGAAGGGCAGGUUCCUUGAACAACCAGUCACAGAUUUCUGCAGUGUCAUAAAGACUAAUUCCACUGGCCCAGUUGAGAAACGGGAGGAUUACUUCCUACUAUGUGACGUCCUCCCAGAGGACCGGAUCCUUAGAGAGAGGCUCCAGCAGAAACGACUGGAGGAGGUCCUAGAGCAACAGCAGAAGGAGCGUGACGACUGCUACUUCCAUCGUCUAUGUUUAUUCUGCAGUGAGGAGUGCACUGGAAACAGGGCAUGUCUGCUGAACCACAUGGCCAGAGAACACUCUUUCAGCAUUGGGCUGCCAGACAACAUUGUGUAUUGCAAUGAGUUCUUGGACACACUACAAUAUAAACUAGACAACCUGCAGUGUUUGUAUUGUGAAAAAAUCUUCCGUGACAAAUCUACACUGAAGGACCAUAUGAGGAAGAAAGCUCACCGUCGCAUCAAUGCCAACAACCAUGAAUACGACCGCUUUUAUGUGAUCAACUAUCUGGAACUGGGAAAAACCUGGGAGGAGGUUCAGAGUGAGGACGACCGGGAGCUGGUAGAUGUUGAAGAUGAUGACUGGUCUGACUGGCAUGCCCAUCCUGUUUCUGCCGUUUGUCUCUUUUGUGACCAUCAAUCAGAGACAAUGGAUCAGAUUUAUAUACACAUGAAGGACUCCCAUGGUUUUGAUCUUCAUAACUUAAAGAUGGAGCUAAAUCUCAACUUCUACCAGCAGGUGAAGCUGGUCAACUUUAUCCGGCGGCAAAUCCACCAGAGCCGUUGCUAUGGCUGCCAGAAGAAGUUUGAUUCCAGAGCAGACAUGAUGGACCACAUCUCUGAAGGGCAUGUAAUGAAACUGCCAGAGAUGUCCACCUGGGACCAACCACAAUAUUAUUUCCCAACAUAUGAGAAUGAUGCCUUCCUGUGUACACUGUCUGACAGCAAUGACGAUGAAGACAAUGAGCCAUGUCACAAUGAGGACAUACCUGUAAUUGCAGAGGACAUAUCUGACUUGAGGGUUCUGAAACAGAACAGCGUCCUCAACCAACUCCUGAAGAACAGAGGCUGUUUCAGAAAAGACGAUGCAUAGACUUGUGGGUUUUUUUGGGGCUUUUUUUCUGAAGUGUCUAUUUUGGAUAAACUUAUGCUCGAGCUCAUUAUGAUACCUGGACAAAUGACAACAUAAUUAUUUUCUAUCAAGACUGAUUUUUCAUCAGUAACAUACUGUAUGGUUUGCUCAGUACUGCUUUGAUAUCCAUUAAAAUGUGUGCACAAGCACCACAUUCUUUCA